AAUAGAACUAAAUCAGCCAAUAAACUGUACUAAUCGAUUGAUAUUUUGAUUAAACUCAAAUUAAUUUUGUUAUAAUAUUCCUAUCAAGAUGGAUGAAGAAGGCGAAAGCAUUUUACUUGAAGAUAAUUAUUAUCAGCUUCUAAAUGUAUCAAAGACGGCUUCUUUAGAAGAAAUCAAUAGUGCAUAUCGUCGUUUCUCUCGAAUGUUUCAUCCAGACAAACAUAGCACAGAUCCCAACAAACAAAAAUGGGCUGAGCAGAUAUUCAACAAAGUGAAAGAGGCUUAUGAAGUUUUAUCUGAUUCACACAAAAGGGCCAUAUAUGAUACACUAGGAAAACGAGGUUUAGAAGUAGAUGGUUGGGAGGUUAUUUUCCGCACACGCACUCCUAGGGAAAUAAGAGAAGAAUAUGAGAGGUUAAAACGGGAACGUGAGGAACGUAGGCUCCAGCAGAGUGCCAACCCUCGUGGCACAAUCACACUCUCCAUCAAUGCCACAGAUAUGUUUACAAAGUAUUAUGAUGAAUAUGAAAUAAUGGAAGAAACUACAGUGAUCCCUAACAUUGAAGUGUCAGGAAUGACAAUUCAACAAUCCAUUGAUGCUCCAGUAACACUUCGAAAUACAAUGACUCUGUCAGGAAACAUAUCAACUCAGAAUGGAAUAGGUACUGGUUCAAUAAAUAUGUGUAACAGGCACCUUAGCUCAGAAAAAGGCUGGACAGAAGUUGAAUGUGGAAUAGGAAAUGGUCCUUUACUAGGUGUAAAAUUAUUUCGUACAUUGUCUAGACUUAUGUUUCUAAAUUGUGGCACAGUGUUACAGUUUACAUCAAGAGGAAUUUCACCUAGCUUUGUUUCUACAUUAGCUCUUCAGUUAGAUGCUCACUCAGUGGGUUAUUUGACAUACCGAGCUGGAAACCAAGGCUCUUCAAUGACUUCAAUCUAUGUGAGGGACUCGGAGAAAUAUCACAGCAACACUGCAAUCCAGAUUGGCAAUCCGCAUUCAUUUAUAUCUUUCAAUGUGAUGAGGAAAUUGCCCCAACAUGAUUUGAAGCUGAGACUGGCUGUAAAAUUUGGGACAUUUGGUGCAAUAGCUGAGUAUGGUGCGGAAAAGAAAGUGUCACAAAACAGUAGUGUGUCAGCUGCAGUUAUGUUGGGUGUUCCUAGCGGGGUUAUGCUCAAACUCAAGUGGACAUGUUCAUCACAAACUAUAGUAGUGCCAAUCCAUCUGUGUGAGGAAGUGAUGCCGUCACCAGUUUUCUACGCAACUGUAGUUCCAUUAGUAUCAUGGAUGAUAUUAAAAAAAAUCGUUCUGGAUCCUAUUGCAAGAGAGCGUCAGGAACGAGAGAGACAACGUUCUAUGGAAGCUAAUUUUGAAAGAUUACAGGAGAUGCAAAGACAAGCACGCGCUACUGUAGAACUGAUGAGAGAAACUUAUUCCAGAAUUCGGUCCCACGAAGAUAAGAAGAAAGGUCUCGUCAUAUUAAAAGCUCUAUACGGAAAGCUACCGGCAGAUACAUCGAGCCACGUGAUACCCGAACAGACAGGAGACGGUGUAUCUCCCGAAUCGCCGAGUCCUUACAGCGAUGUCAUCGACGUCACAAUACCCGUACAAUGUUUGGUCAAAGAUUCAAGGCUUGAACUUCUCGAGGCAAGCAAGUCGGAACUACCAGGCUUCUAUGACCCGUGCGUUGGCGAGGACAAGCACUUGACAGUACAGUACAUGUUUCACAAUAAUUUGCACUGCUGCACCGUACCUGACAAUCAGGCCAUCGUUCUGCCUCGCAACAAUCAUCGGAUAAAGAAUAGAUCCUGAAAAUUAAGGUCCAAACGCGUCUAAGCGUUUGCGACACAUAUCGGACACUUCGUAAAAUACGAACGUGUAGUCUUUACUGAACUUUAAAUACGAUUUGAAAUAAUAAUAAAGAAUCCAGAACAUUACAUAAAAAAGUUUCAUCUGAUAAAUCUUUGAAUUCUUCGUGCAGCUAAUUUAAUAGAACACAACUUACACAACUAAACAUUCCAUUAAAAAAAAUUAUAAUCAAUGAGACUGAAAAUUGUGUCGUAAAUCGUACUACCUAUUCAAAUAAAUUUUAUAAAUUAUACCAAAGAAAAAUAAAUAAAAAUUACGUUUUCAAAUUGUCUUAUUCGAUAAUUUUUUUAUUAGUUCCUUAAAAUGUAUACCAGAAUCGUUUGCGCUGUUGUUUGCGUUAAAUAAGCAAUUAAUGUUGAUUUAAAAUUGUUCUAAUCGUGAUAGUUGUGCGUACCGGGGAUGAAGGCGAUUAGACAAUGAUGAUAUAAAGUGGUAAACACGCGAACUCAGUCGAUGGAACAAUUAAAACUUUUGCUCCGCGGAAAAAAACCGGCGCGAACCAAACAAGGCGAUGUUGCCUCAGCGAUAACACUCGGCAUUGAUUCGUGCCAGUCGUGCAGAUUGGAAAUAUUAGUUAAUGAGACUUCUAAGGAACAAUAAUAGCUAUUUACAAAAAAAAAAGAAAUCCUUUCUAGAUAUUAAUAAUAGAUGCAUCGAUAGUUCGAAUCUGAAUACGCGGUUCUAUCAGUGAAAUGCAAAACAAGUCUUGACCUGCCGAAUUACAGUCAAGUUUAUCGUCUCGUACACACAUUUAAAAUUUACGGAACUUUUAGGAAAACCAUUUGAAUAAUGCUUUAUUGAAACGAGUGCAAUAUUUUAUUAUAUUUAUAUACAUUAUCGAUUAUUGUAUCGAUUUUUUCAAAUGUUACAGUUGUCGUUGUUUUAGGUCGCAGCUUAACUGCGUUUUUUUUUUAAAUAAUUAUCUGUCUGAUUCUGUCUCGAUUCGUGCCUGCUUUCGUCAGCAAGAAUGAACUAAAGUGCAAUAUUAUUUUAAAGACUGUCUUAGGUUUUAUUGUCGAGCGAACAUAGAUCGUACAGAGUGAAGUGCGUUAAUAAUCUGUUUCGUUUGUUUAUUUAUUCAUGUACCUACGUUUACAUCACAACCGUUUACGAUGGUCAGGUAUUGCUGUACCCGCAUUAACUAACCGGCAAACUUUCUCCAUUUGCCGGUUAAUAAGCGUAGCACAGAGUAGCACAGUCAAACAAUUAAAAAAAAAAAAAACUGAAAAUAAGAAAGAUUUAAAAUGAAAAGAAAGGAUUAGUCUUUCUGAAAAUAUAACAAGUACCUACUGCACUCCUAACAAACCUAAUAUCGCUGCAUUACAUACAAUUCGCGAUUUUCCAAAGUAGCGUUACUAAAACGCAUGCUCAAUGUAUCUCUGGUUUACUUAAUCGAUUUUCAAAAUAUCGGGUGUAGGGAAAAUUAUUUCGGGAAACCAUUUAUUGCUGUUCGAUGCUGAUAAUUGAAUACAAUACCCUAUAUGUUUAUUGUGAUAAAGUCCAUUAUUCUACUGGAAUGGUAAAAACAUAAGACAUUUUAGUCAACGUCCUUUGUUAGUUCCUUAAAUGCAAUCGAUUCUUAAACUGUAAAUUUCAAAGUUGAGUUUUCAUUACUAUUGCAUUACAUUAUCCUUAUUAUCUGAGAUAUCAAAUAACCUUACUAAUAUAAUUCUUAAGUCCGUUGCUUAACUUGACGAAAUAAAGGUGAACCGAUGUUAAUUAGAUAAAUUUUGUAAUAAAAAGUACAUAGUGUAUGAAAAUAUUAUUUAAAGCUACAGUGAAACUUAUUAUGGAGUUCUGGAUUUUAUAUUAAAAUUAUUAGUAGUUUGAUGUUUCGAAAAUAUACUACCAUGAAUAUACGCUUUUUAUUAAAUGUCUCAUUGUAAUGUCAUUUUGUUUGUUAUAACUUAUUGACACUUUUAAAUUGUUCAAAUGUUUAGUAAAAUAAUUUGUAAUAUAUUCAAUUGCUGCUUUACAAAUUGUAGAUAUUAUAUUUAUAACCGAAUAUUAGAUGUAUUAGAAGUAAAUGGAUGUUUUAAAGGAUAUUAUUGGCUGUACUUGUUUUCAUAUUUUACCGAAAUGCCUUAACAAUUUAAUAUGUGAAAUAAAGCGUGAUGUUGUUGACUUA